AUGAAUACCAUUCUCUACCUUUUUCUAGCAGCAAUCAUCAAUGCCAAGGCACAGACAGCUUUUUCAGCAACUAACGGCCUUCCUUCUCCUCCAGCGAGUGUGGUACCAUCGGCACCAGCGCCCCUUGGAAACACGGCACUUUGGGAACAAGCGAUUACAUUAGAUUCUGCGAACAACAUCACCGGCAAUCAUGCUAACCAAUACUUCUACUCGUCGGUCGCAUGGUGGCAGUCUCUCGAGAACAGCAGCAACAGCUAUUUCUCGGGAUCGCCGAGCUCUGUUGACGCAGGACCACACUUUUCUCAACUCCUACAGAUCAUACAAAAUUACCCGAUCCGCUACGAUCAAGCGCAGGCUUCAGAUCCCAAACAAACCCCAAUCACUAUCAUGCAAAUUCCUGAACAAACAAUCAAAUCCUUCGGUGCAUCAGGCGCAUGGUGGCCUAAUGAUCUCAACUACUUUCCCUCCGAGCAACAGCAAAAUCUAUCGGAGCUACUCUUCUCGAAGGAUUGGCUCUAUCUAAGCGGCUACCGAUACAACAUGGGCGCCAGUGGAGAUCACGAUAUUGUCACUGUAAAGACUGACGAUGCUCCCGUAAAUCGAGGAGUCGAGUCCUUUAUGAAAACCGACGGGACUUAUGACUGGACUCGUGAUGGCCCAGGAAUGUACUAUUUGCGUGCGGCAGAAGCUGCAAAUGUGUCAUCCAUCACAUUCUUCGUCAACGCAGCGCCUUCUGGCUUGAACGCCACCACCGCGUCUUCAGCGCCCUGUGGUGGGACUUUAGAAGCGACUGCAAUACCAGCGUUUGUCACCUACAUUGAAACAGUGUUGGCCUAUUGGGCUGACCAAGGCAUCACCAUUGAAUACAUUUCCCCCAUGAACGAGCCCGAUGACUCGUUCUCCAGUUGCGGCCAGGAAGGCAUGGCUGUACCUCAGAGCAUUCGCACUGCUGUAUUUCAACAACUCCGAGCCGCUUCAUCAGCGUCAACCUCAGCCGGCGCAAAAGCCGUGAAGAUCAUGGGCGACGAGACGAGUCAGAUUGCCAGCCAGGCGCUGAUGCACUAUGGGAACUGGUUGCCGGAGACUCUUACAGGCCAGUACAUUGAUGCAAUUGCGGUGCAUAUGUACGAUUGGCCAGAUGAUGCGACGCUCUUGAACUUUAGGCAGCUUGUCAAAAACUGCUCGGUAUCAGGCUUUCCACCACCAGUCAAGAUGACGGAAAUCUCAUCGUUUCAAUCGGCAUCGGGUAUGCGCAGUGAAUGGGGAUGGACUGGGCCUUCGGUCAUGAGCGCGCAGUACGAUCCCACAAUGUCCAGUGCGCUCGACAUGGCACGCAUGAUCUGGCAGUGGUUGACCCUCGUCAAUGCCGAGUCUUUCGAUUGGUGGACAGCCAACGGCAGCGGCUGGAAUGAUGCCCUCAUCUACAUUGACGCAAAUUAUCGAACCACGAAAGACUACAAUUUCUACCUGACCAAGCGCUUCUGGGUCUUCCGCCACUUCACACAGUUCAUCCGCCCGGGCUCUGUACGCUACGACAUCCCCAACGAGGUGCUGCCAUACGGUACCGUGGCUGUAGCAUCAUUGGGUACGAAUAAUGUGUGGCAAGCGACCUUUAUCAAUCGCAACAAUACCGCUCAAGUCGUCACGAUGAAUUUACCUAGAACAGGAGGAAGGAUUCAAAGGUUGAUACAAACGACUGACGAUGUAGAUUGGGGCGAUUUGGAAUGGCCAAAAGUGGCUUCGAAUAACGACAUCUCGUUAACGCUGCCGGCGCGUGGGGUGUUGACGGUGCAGUUCAGUGUCUCGGGACCACUGAGUGGCAGGCAUCCUGAGGGUGAUGGUGGCAGUGUGGAGUAUCAUGAUCAUCAUCGGCCUACACAACCGCGACGUUGGGGCCAGAAAGGGCGUGGUUAA